UGAAGAUUUACUUACAGUUGAUAUAAUUGGAUAAUCUUGAGAAAAGUAUUAAACUAAGCAAGAUGUUGCGAAGUAGAUGAUUGAGAAACUCUAAACCAACAAAUCGGAGGACGUGAAGCUGAUCCUAUUGGAAAUGGCUCAGGAGGCGCACGCGCAGUUACAAGACAUCAGAGUACCAAUUUGUUAUGAGAAGCGUGAUCAAUAAAAGGGGGCGAGCUGCUUAUCGUGCGUAUUAUUCUCAAUACCUUCUCAUACUUUCUGUUUUGUUGACUUUUUCCUCCUCAGCAUAGCUAUCGACGACAAUGCAUCUAGAGAUCUUCGAUUUCUACUGUGUUGCUCAUUGUGUCUUUGUCUAGCGGUCGAAGACGCCUACACCUUCGCUUUGAGCUAUGAUCUUAAGGAUAUGCAUAUACAGCACGACUUCAGGGCACGAGUCAUGGCGAUGACAGUAAAUGAUACAAGUCAUCAUGAAACGCUUGCUGACGUUGUUCCGGAUAAGAGAUAUACAUACUUAAGUCAGUAGGAAGUGAUCUGCAUACUUAUUUAUUACUAGAUUUUGAUUUGAUAAAGAACAAGGACGAGCUAUGUCCUAACUCAGGUGCCUUCUGCUCUACUUCUAAAACGGGGCACAUCAACUGGUAAAGGAACCGAAGGCCACGCUGGUUCCGCUGUUGCGCCAGCCGCUAGACAGGAAAUAUGAAGUCGCUCACUUCUUCUAUUAUUGUGUUGACAGUGUCUAUGUCUUCUAACAGCCGAUCCUUAUCCAUGACUUAAAAAAGUAUUUGCGAAACGUGGGAAGGGCCGCCUCGUAGCAGAAUCACAUCAGCACUACGCUGAGAUGUUCCCAAGUAGAUCCGCCAUAAGUUGCAAUCGCAAAAUAUAUGCUGCAGAGUAAGUAAAGUGUCGGACUUCGAGUUACUCGAGUUGCUCGAGUUGCCGAAGCGAAGGCUUUCAAUUCUGGAACGAGUUGCCACGAGUUGCCGGAAGCCAUCCGCUUCACCGGGGUGCGGCGUAGCAAGGCGGUAUGGGCACGGUUGUGGCUGCGCGAAGUGGGGACGUGGCUGCUUUUGUUGGUGCUCUCUCAUGAGAGCGGCAACCGGUUGCGAAGGGCUCCCCAGCGAGCCCUUCCGGCUUUUUUUCUUGUAGCGUGUGGGCGCGCGUUUGAUGAAGCGCAGGCAUUAAAUAAGGGGCCGCCGGCUUCGCCUCGUUGUUUUUUUUGUUUGAUGGGAGAGAGUGGUUGUGGCUUGUCGUUGGGUCGGUGCCAGUCUCUCCCUUUUUUCUCCGGAUGUGUGCGUGGCCAGUGAGUCUCUCUUGGGGCUAAGAGUAAGAGUGAGUCCCCGCCUGCUCUGGAGAGCGGCCCACUCAGCCUAGGAGGUGCAGUAAGUAGAGACGCGCGCGUGGCGGAUGCCUUGCGUGUUUGAUCAAGUGGCUGGGAGGAGCUCCUGAGCUGAAGGUGGUUGCUCGCUCUCGUCCCUGGUGCGCAUUAAGAAGAAAGCCAGGGACCGGAGGCAUGGUGUGGAGUGUCGGGCGCUCCUGCUAAGGUAUCGAUCCAAGAGUCUCACGAAGCUGCGCCUGAACGGCGCCGCGCAAAAAAUUACCGCGAGCAACCCGAGAAACUCGACCCGUGACGGGACAAAAAGUUCCUAGCUCUAACUUACUAGUGCUAAAUCUGCAGGCUUCGCUCGAGAACUUCUGUAGUUAUUAUUUGCCUCAUCAUGAGCAUGGCGUUAGGUUUUAUGGUAGCUAGUCACGUUGUUGUUAGAGGUGAAGACUAUGCUAAUUUACCAUGAAAUGUUUCAAAAUGAUAUUACAAGUCAUCGACGGCGAUUGAUCUUGAAACAAGCGAGCCCCUUAAAUGAGCUGGAGGGCGUUCCGCUUUUGGUCUUCUCCGGCCGUGUUUUCUCUGCAGGGCGCCUUGCUUUUGGGCGGGCGGCUUGGUUUUUCUGCUGUCCUCCUCAUCGGUGUAGCGCACCUCGUCGAUGGGGUGGGGGCUGAAGUGGUUGCACCAGGCCAGCAGGUUGGGCGUGUAUCUUCUCACCGGCCCGCUUUCUCAUCGCUUCGAUCGCUUUUUGUUGGAGCGCGUCGAAGCUCCGUGGGUCUUCUUUCAUGAUUGAAGCCCAGAAAUGCAGCCGCUUUUUUGAUGGCGGUGGAUUUCUGGGGGGUUCUCGCUGGGCUCCGUCAUGAGGUCAUAGGGCUGCAGGCCGGUGGCGCCGUUGGUGGCGCUCUCCACUCGUCGCAGCGUUUCCCAGCAUUGGCCCAGGCUGCGCCUAUCCUGGUAACCCGCUGGGACGCUGGAGGUGACCUGACUGCGGGCCAGGUUCUGGGGUGCGCUGCUCGUGCGUUGCGCCGGUUGUCUCCGUUGAAGCUUGCAGCUGCGCCGUUUGAGGCUUUAGGCUGGUCCCCUUCCCCCUGUGCCUCUCCCCAGAUGCCUGAGGCCGCGCAUGCGCCCGCCAAACAGCAGCGCCAGCGCUUUUCGGUUUCGCGGCUGCCUUGCCGCUGUGUUUUGGGGCGCUGUCUUCGUCUACGUCGAAGACGGGGCGGAGGCCGUACUCUUCCGCGUGUUCUAAUAACGCGGCUAGCACGUGGCUAGCUUGCUUCGGGGCUUUUUCUUCGUUGGUUCGUGAAGAGGCAGCCUCUCCGUUGCUCUUGCGCCUCCGUGACUUCUGUCCUGACUGUCAAGACGGACGACCGGGCCGCCCUUGCCUCUGUCUUCUUUUCCACGCUCGCCGUUGACGUGCCGGGGGGCGAGGGGCUUUCCUCCUUCGCUGGCUGGGCGCGUGUCGUCGUAGGAGCGGGUCUUGUCCUCUCCGCUGCCGUUCAGGGCCGUCGCGAUCGCUUGCGCGGUCGUCUUUUUUGUGAAUGACUUGAGCAGGGCCGCUGUUUCUGGAGGCUCCUCCGAAGAGUCCUCGCCCUUGUCGGCGAAGUCGGCGGGGUCCUCGCCCUCCUUUUUCUUCUUGGCGUCCGUCGAGGAUCGCUCGGCGUUGCUUUUCCUCUUCUUCGAGGAGCUUUCGGCCCUCCUCCUCGCGCGCUUUGCGUACCGACGCCCGCGGCGAGUUGGCCGGGCGAGCGUCCGAAUCGCCAGGCGCCUCUCUGUUGGUGCGCUCGGUCAGGUAUUGGAGACCGCCGCGACGAUGUGAAAGACGUGCGCGAGGAAAUCUUCGGGGAGAGUUGCCUGGGCUGGUCUUCGUUGUCUUUUUGCUUGAAAGGCCAAACCAGGCGCCGAAGCGCUUGGCGUUGCUUUUCGUUUGUUCUGUGUUUCGUCGUUGGUGGCGGCCUCGGCGUUGGUUCGUUGUGGGCCGCUCGCAUGCCGCUGGCAUCGGCGCCGCCCCGGGGGCAGGCGUGGCGCGGUUGUGUGAGCCCCCUGAAGCGUAGGACACCGGGGCGGAGGACAGGGAAAACGCAGGCGGGGGAGCAGUGUCGCCAUAAGCUGGCGGCGGCCAUCUUUCCACGCUUGAACAGCUCCAGCGGCUUCCCGUCUCUCCUGUCGCUUUAGAAAACAAAAAAAAUCUUGGUGAAAAGUUCGCGAAAUCUUUGAAAAAUCUUCGCGGAAUCUUUCUGAAAAGAUAAAAGCACGCAGCUCCAACAUGGUCAAGACUUGCAAACCUUCCGCAAACAUUUCGCGAAGGUUCUGACGCUUUUACUUGCUUUUGUCUUCCGUGUUUUUUUGAUGAAGACACGAAAAUGGACCGCCAAGAACAAACUCGCGACAAUUUGCAGCGUGCGGGAGCGCAUAAGGCUCCGCGUCUUCUGUGUCUGCUUUGUGUGGUCUUUCUGUUUCUCUCUCCAAAGCUGUGCAGCCUUUUAGGCUGUGCAUUUGUUUGGACAUUUGUCGGGCGGCUGCGUCGCAGGCUGGCUCGUUAGCUUGUGGCGCUCUCAGUGCAGUGACCGGGCUGGUCGUGUGUUGGUUCUGUCGGCUCUGCUUUCAGAGGCUUAGCAGACGCCGCGCGAAGUGGACAGGCGCGAAAGCGGCGCGUGUGAGCCCCGGCAACUUUUCGCCAAGAUUCUCCGCCGUCGGCAGUCUCCGGGCGCGGCGGUCUCCAAGAGGUAGCGGGCGGCCGCUUCUUUUUUGGUGGUCGGCGCCGGGGCUUCUGCCAGUUCCAGUCUUGGACUUUGUUUCGCCCGGAGCUUGCGUUUUUCGGCCAGUUUCGCGCCGGCUUCGAAGGCCAUACCUCUUGCUUAGUCAGAGACUUCGGGGCCCACGGUUCCACGGCGGGCGCCUCGUGGUGCGCGCCCAGCCACAUGCGGAACCACGUCAGGGCGUUGCCCAUCUCUGUUAAAGUUAGGGCCCGUCUUCUCGGAUGAUGAAGGCCCUCGGCUCCGGGUCUUUUUUGACCGUGUCGGCGAGCCCUGUUUCCGGAAGUUCGCCGGCCGCGCAAUCCGCUGGGCUGUUGCAGUCCAGCCUUGGACGAUUGCGCAGAAGAUGACUCUCUCGCGCUACUCCGUCUUUUCUUCCAGCUGCUUCUCUCUGCGUUCUGCAGCGCCUCCAUGGCCCCGGCCAUGGAGAUGGAGGGGCGGGACGGUGGUCCGCUGAUCAGUUUCCGCAGGGCUUUGCCCUUUUCGUCGGCGUCCUCGCUCCCCACAGGAUUUGCGCCUUUGUGGAUCGCGAGGCCCUCGAGUUUUCAGGGAGGUCGUUUCGUUUUUUGUUUUUGAAAAGACCAGAGCGCGGGGGCGCUGCUAGCUAGUCACUAGCUUGCUAGAUCGCGACGGCUACGCACACAGAAAGCGCCUGGAUUUUUUGGGAAGAAGAGCCUGGGCUUGUCCUGGCUAGUGGUGCUCAGCUUGAGGCUUAGAGAGGCGCGCUGCCAUAAGCGCCACCCUGACGCAGAGAGCUUUGCCCCGCGUAGGGGUAGCGCGCCGCGCGCGCGGCGGGGCCCGAUUCUUCUGGGCUCCCCAGCGCCCCCCACUGGGCGCCACGCGCCUGCCCACCGUACCGCUGAAGGGCGCACUGGCCCCCCAGCGGCCCACGCGCGGGCGGUUUGGCUUGUUUGCCGGCAGCCCGCCCGCACCGCCUGGCCUGCUCCGCUCCGCUCCGCUCUGCGUGUGAACUCCGCCCCUUGGGUGUAGCGUUAAGUAACGCUCUCACCCGACCGCGCCUGAGUCUCCCACUGAGGCGCGCGCUGAGGUUCGCCUUCGCUGGGGUGCGCCAAUGCAUCCGCCAGCGGCGUCGCGCGUGAGUGCAUUUUUCGCACGAUGCACGGCGGGGCCCGCGGGGCCUGUUGCCCCCAGCCCUCUCCCUAGUCGGUCCCUCAGUCGACAAUUUUUGUCGACUGUCGUCCAGGAACUUUCCAGAGGGCGCGCCCCUUCACUCUCGCCUAAGUUAACUCCCCAGCUAGUGCAGGCACCUCCUCCGCAAGCUCCUCCAGUGCAUGCGUAUACAAAGUAUUCCCAGGAAAUAAGUAGCGGCAAGCGUAAGAAAUAGCUUGAAGUAUUCAGAUUAGAACUAGUUGGGGACUUGUUGCAAAUUUCAAGAGUUGCGGGCACGGGCUUAGCUUGCUUUUUAUUUCCAGGAUUUGGACCAAGUCCCUUCGGUUACUUUGCUGAUUGUGUCUAGCGAUCGAAGACUUUCCUCUUCUCAUCCAGCGAUCGACGAAGAUUCCACUUUUAUCUUUUCAACUUGAGCAGAAUCACAUCAGCACUGCGCUGAGAUAUUCUCAAGAAGAGCCGUCACAAGUUGCAAUCACCAAAUAUGUAGUACUAAAUCUUCAAGUGUCGAUCGAAAACUUCUUUAGUUAUUGUUUGCCUCAUCAUGAACAUGACACUUGGUUUUAUGGUAGCUAGCCAUGUUGUUGUUAAUGCUAAUUUAAUUAACAUAAGCACAGCAUAAUUAUCAACCAUGUUGCAAAGACUAUGCUAAUUAACCAUGGAAUAUUUCAAACAAGCUAAAUGAUAUUACAAGUCAUCGACGGUGAUUGAUCUUGAAACAAACGAGCCCCUUAAAUGAGCUGAGUGAGAUGAAAGAGAAAGUGAUAAGGAACAUACGCUAACAAGCGCGGAGGAGGGAAGCGCGGCGAGGGCGACGCCGGCGGCACCAAGAUUAUGUUCCGACCUAAAACCUUGACCUCACUGGAAUAUUGAAUAAAUUUGCGGGUCACGACCUAAUAGCUCACAGGAAAGUAGCGGUAACUAAGCAAAAAAAGCCUGAAGUAUUCAGAUUAGAAUUAUAUGGGGACUUGUUGUAAAUCCUAAGAGUUGCGCGUACGGGCUUAACCUGCUUCUUAUUCCCAAGACUUGGACCAAGUCCCUUCGGUUACUUUGCUGAUUGUGUCUAGCGAUCGAAGACUUUCCUCUUCUCAUCCAGCGAUCGACGAGGAUUCCAUUUGUCUCAUGCGUGAUCUUUUCAACUUGAGUAGGCGUUUUCAGGCUGGCCAUGCGAGUGUCGAUUAUGUGAAUCCUCAUGGAUCGCUUAUGUCCUCUAUCAAGUCGCUGAACUUGAAUAAUCUUGCCACAGACGAGCUCAUUAGACGUCGAGCCGAGUGCGAUGAUUGGUGCGAGCUAUGCUCUAACAAGUGUUGAAGCAGGUGGCUCGGCGGCCAACGAAGAUAACGACUUAUGAGACGAUCUAUGAUCUAAAUCUACAUCUCUGAGCGGUACUUAUAGACAACUCUUCGGUUCGUUUCACAAGUAGCAGAAAAGAAGUAGUGAAUCAAUAAUGUGGGAAAUGGAAAUGAAAUAACAUAAAACUUGAAUUACCCCAACCGUUGAAAGCAUUUGAAUAUUGAGUGUUCGAAGUAGCUGAAUAGUCUGAGACCUGAGACUACCCAGUAGCUAAUAGGCUGCCUCGUAUCCUCAGUAUUCACUACCGCCCAUCUUACAGACAGUGUCUGUGUGGAGCGAUCGACAAUUCCUUUGAGAUUCUUCUGCAUAGAUACUGAGACUUUUCAAUCAUGCAUCAAUCUGAAGAAUCAUGAACAGAACGCGAAGCCAAUGAUAUGGUAAGUGAGAGUUUUUUUGUGAGUGAGAUUUUUUUUAAUUUUUUGCUCUAAUAAUGCAUAUGAAGUUCUAUGGAGGUGGUACGGGUCCUAGUCUUCAGAAGCGGGAGGAGCUGCGGCCUGCUAAGGUGAACACAAGUAAGUCGAAAGCUUGCGUCAUCCUGUAACUCGUGGCCGUUACCGAUUUGAGAACGAUGCAGUUUGGAUUGUUUGGGUCGAAAUUUCUUCUGCAAGAAGUAGAGGCAGGCGUCAAAAGCAAUGCUAG